AUUGCCAGCCGGCUCUAUUUCGCCGUCGGACCGCUUUACAAUCGGCUUGUGUUCUGAUUUUUUACUAUCAAAUGCGUCUAUUUUUUGUUUAUUUCUUUUGUUAUUAUACUAAUUUGACAACGACAUAACAGCAGCGGUAGCAGAGGUAUAGCAUAGCAAGAUGUCAUCGUAAAACGUUAAGUUAGAUCUCGCAAAUAGUGUGUUUUUAGGUGGACCUGAGCAUCUUUCUCACGGCUCCAUGCUACGUGUACAGUAGCCAAGAGGAGCUCAUCGAAUGGACAUCCAAAUGGCUUCGAACGUGGAUUUUAACCUUUUGUUGGAUAUUUAAAACCCUAAAAUGGACCUCAGACGUAUUGGUGUUGUAAUGUGUGGGUUACGUUAGCAGGGAGGUUAUAUUUGUGAAAAUAUAUAUUUAAUCAUGGCCAAUUAGGCACUUUUAAAUGCCUUUGAAACGUAAAAGAACUACGCCUAGACUGUUCCGCACCCAUCUGCUCUCAUAAAGAUGAUGUAUUCGUCCAGAAGAAAGCCAGUGCUGUAUUUCAAAGAGGAGAAAAGGUUCCCGUGGAGUAUGUGGCGUUGCUCUCGCUGUAGUGUCUUCCAGCUCUUCGGCCUGUGCAUGGUGCUGGUUCUGGUGCCUCUCCUGUGGCUGCAGCUUUCCUGUUCUGGAGACAUGUCCUCAUCCCAGCGCUCCUCAGCCCCCUGUCCCCCCCCGGUCCAGGGCUCAAAGAGGGACCAGAGCCUGGAGCCUGACCCGAGCAGCUGGGGCCCGCACAAACUGGCCCUGGUGGUGCCCUUCAGGGAGAGGUUUGAGGAGCUCCUGGUCUUUGUGCCCUUCAUGCACAGCUUCCUCAACAAGAAGAAGAUCAGACACAAGAUACUCAUCAUCAACCAGAUAGACCACUACAGGUUUAACCGCGCCUCCCUGAUAAACGUGGGUUACCUGGAGAGUGGUAAUGACACAGACUACUUGGCCAUGCACGAUGUGGAUCUGCUGCCCCUCAACGAUGCCCUGGACUACGGUUUCCCCGCCGACGGGCCCUUCCACGUAGCUUCACCUGAGCUGCAUCCGCUUUACCAUUACAAGACCUACGUGGGAGGGAUUCUACUGCUCACCAAGAAGCACUACAAGAUGUGUAAUGGCAUGUCCAACCGCUUCUGGGGCUGGGGGCGAGAGGAUGAUGAGUUUUACAGGCGUCUGAAGAAAGCUGAGCUGCAGUUGUACCGUCCAACUGGGAUCAACACAGGGUACAAGACGUUUCAGCACAUCCACGAUCCGGCCUGGAGGAAGAGGGACCAGAAGAGAGUGGCAGCACAGAAACAGGAGCAGUUUAAGGUGGACCCAGACGGCGGACUUUCUAACCUCAUGUACUCUGUGGAGUCCCGACAGGAAAUUACCAUAAAUGGAGCCCCGUGUACGAUCAUAAACACCAAACUGGAUUGUGACCAGGAGCACACGCCCUGGUGCAUUCUGGGAUAGUGUCACCUACACUUGGCAUUUUGAGUAAAUUUCACAGAUCUCAGCCUGGUGCAUAGGAUGGAACUGCUAAGGGUACAGAGCAGAGAAGAGAAACAAGAGGGGACUUUCCAGUGGUCACCUACAGUACGGUGGCCAUCUUGUGACUGUAGGUUUUACCCCUUCCAUAUGAAAAUAAAUGGGGAGCUGCAGUUACUUUCAUAAUCUUAAUUAAUUAAUUUAGUCAAUUUGACUUUGACUGCACAAUAGCAGUAAAAUCUCAUACUCAGGGAUACAACAACUAUUUUAGGCAAGAUUGGAACUGGCAACCUCAUGUUUAGAGGGCAUACUUUACCAACUGUGCCAUUGUGUCAUGUGGAGUAGCUUGUUAAUUGUCUAUAGGGUUGUGUGCUUAAUUAAAUGUGACUAGUUACAAAUGAUUCUCAAAUCAAUUUAGAAAAAAUUUAAUUGAGAAAAAGAUUAAAUUGUGUUUUGAAAUAAUAUACAAAACAUUACUAGUAAUUAUAAUAAGCCUAUCUUCCUGUAAAGUUUUUUUUUUUUUUUUUUAAUACUACAAAGCUUUUCUUUGAGUCAUAAUUGAAAUAAUAAUUUUCCAAAUAAUUCUAAUCUUGAUUUUAUAUAAUUUUUUAUUUUAUUUCUAAUUGAGCAGCUCCUUGUCUAUGGACUUGUCCCUAUAGUUAUUUGCCAUAUGCACAUUUAGUAGAACUUUAACCAGAGAGAAGAAAUCAAUGUAAAAACUAUUAGACCUGUUACUAUACGAAUGAGCCUUAUCCUACUGUCACAAGAUGGCGCUAUGUCCACUUUGUUGUGCGCUGUAGGGUUGUACUACUCUCUGCCACAGCCCUGGUGCAUUCUGGGAAGCAUCUAAGAACAAUGCAACUACAGAAAAAUGUACUACAGAAUGUCCACAAAAGACUACAACCAGAAUGGACUACAAAUGCAAUGAUUUGUGGGUAAAAAAGUCUACAAUGAUGGACAACAAGCAUGGACUAUGUUGAUCCCACUGCACACCUGAGCAUCACCAAGUGGCCAUUUUGGAUUUAAGUGUCUGAAAUGCAACCAGGACAAAAGAUGCAAGUUCACUGGGUUUUGAAUUUGAACAACUGCAUUUCUUACUGGUUUAAACUACUGGACAUUAUGGGAAAGAUCAUUUAAGUAUGUGUUAAAGGGCCCAUAUUAUGCAAUUUUCUGAUCUAUGUUAUGUUUCUUCCUCAAAAACAGACCUGGAGUUGUUUUUUGUUUCAUUCACACAUGUUUAACACAUAAACCCUGCAUAUUUAGGCUGAGUUAUUUGCUCAGACUAAAAUACUCUGUUCCACCUUGUGAUGUCAUGUGGUAAUACAGGAAGUGCUCCAUGGUACACCUUCACUAGAACCAUUUUGAUCAUUUCAGCCCUGGAAUUGACUUGAACUAAAGGUAAAAGGACAUGUUAACUUGAAAUUACAUCACACGGUGAAACAGAGGAUUUUGAUCUUCGAGAUGUAGAAAGAAUAAUAAUGAAAGGUUACUCAAACAUGUGGAUGAAACAAAACACAACUCGAGGUAUGUUUUUGAGGAGACAAUGGUGUCAUAACAUGGUGUAAAGCUCACAAGAGUCGAUUUUGCGUAAAAUGGGAACUUUUUACUUUCUGAAAUGUUUGUGACGUAAACAUUGGACAUUGAACCACGCGACAAUAAUCUGGUUUUGCUCCUCAUUCUCACACAAAAUGAUUAAGAUUAUUUUAUUUUUUGUAAAAGUUUGUGUUACUAAGCCAAAAAUGCUGUCGACUCCUGGUGGAUUUUAGGCAGGGAGUUACUUCUCAAGAGUGCAAUUUUAUGGUGGGAGUUUUGGUUGAGACUAGGGCAGCACGAUAUGAGAAAUACUGCAAUAUUCAAUCCACUGCAAAAAGUUAUGGAGCUCAACAGUCCCGCCCACUAACAAGUCCACUCUGGCUCUGGAAGUUCAUUUUCCUUUCUCUUUUCCCCAUAGACUUUUCGAAAUAUUCAAAUAUUAAGAGUUCAGAGGUAUCGCAGAGGCUAAUCAGCUAUGCACUAUCUAGCUACGUGCUAAUUAGCUAUGUACUAACCAGUUACGUGUCUACAAAAAUUCAUAACAUGGUAGUUUUAAGUACAAAUAAAUGAUAGGUCUUGUGAUCAUUAGUUACCCCAUAGAUGAUUAGGCCUGGACAUUCAAACUUUUUUCUUUUAUCUUUUUUUGGAAAGCCUACGGGAAAAAUAAAUGGGAAUUUUACUUCCAGGACCUCAUUAAGAACAUUUAAACUGUUAGUUCACUAUUUUAAGUACAAAAGGCCUGUUCCAUUGGUAGAUCAUUUUACAUUUCACAUUUUCUUAGUUCAAGUAUUUUUUUACCAGUUAAAUUAAAACCAAAAAUGUCCAUGCCUUUAGUUACUAGUCAAACUAUAGAAAAGUCAAAACUAGAUGGAAACUAAACCAAUACCAACCCAGGUCUAAAAUAGUGAACCUUGUGUUAAGAUAUAUUUAGUUUCAUGCGAUAUUGAUUAUCACGACAACCAAUACUACGAUAUUGAUUUUUUUUUGUGAUAUAUCGUGCAGCCCUAGGUGAGACUUAAGAGUAAAAAGUGUUUAUUCAUACUAGCAUUAUACACAUUAUAACAAGCAUCAUUUUUUAAAACCUUUAGCUCAAAUUUCAAGCAAAUUCUGAGUAGAUCUGCAGAUUUGAAAAUAAUAUAAGAAACAUAAUUUAACAAGCUUUUACUUAAUACAUGCUUGCCUCCAUGGAGAUGUUAUUGCAUUGCCUGGAAUGUUCCGCAGUAUGGCCUUAAGCUUGUCUAUCUCCGUGGAGACAAGCAAGUGACCACCAGACCAAGUUACAUGUCUGGUAUGUUUUUCAAUGUAUUUUUUUUAGCAACAACAGCACUUGUAAUCGAGCAAAUGCUAGCUAGUAAAAUGCCGUACUGUGAAAAGUUCCAGGCCAAACAAUAAAAUCACCAUGGAGAUGAGCAAGAGGCGAAGAAAUGUUACAUAGCUUUCUGUCUUAUGUUCUCAAUGGCAUACUGAAGCUGUCUUUGUAAGUGUUCGCUAAAACGGUUAUGAGACAGUUGAUUAGAUGUGGCCAAAGAUACAAACCCCAGCCACAAGAGGGCAGUAAGCAGCUAUUCUAGUACCUCCAUUUGUGCUUUUAAUUUAAACUCAAAAUGUGUGUAGGAAAUUUUAUGAAAUGCCAGUAUUGGGAUAUUUUACUUUCUGUUGUGUUUAAGUUGUAUUUUGAAUAGAUUUUUAUUUAAGAAAGUGUCACCAAAUGUGUGUGUGGACUGAGCCAAAUGAGACCAGCUGGAGCUUCGGGUCAAGAAGAAAUAAAAGAUAGUUUGUUUUUUU